AAGACUGAAGCCCAGAAACCAACUGGGGAGGGGAUCUGACCAAGGUCUUGCAGCGGGGCCAGCAGGUCUUCCUCAAGCCGGACGAGCCGCCGCCGCCGCAGCCAUGCGCCGACAGCCUGCAGCCAGCCGGGACCUCCUUGCACAGGAGCCAGUGCCCCCAGGGAGUAGAGACGGCACACUGCAGGAUGCUUUGCUGAGCCUGGGCUCCGUCAUCGACAUUGCAGGCUUGCAACGGGCUGUCAGAGAGGCCCUGUCAGCUGUGCUCCCCAGAGUGGAGACUGUCUACACCUACCUGCUGGAUGGGGAAUCCCGGCUGGUGUGUGAGGAGCCCCCCCAUGAGCUGCCCCAGGAGGGGAAAGUGCGAGAGGCUGUGAUCUCCCGGAAGCGGCUGGGCUGCAAUGGACUGGGCCCCUCGGACAUGCCUGGGAAGCCCUUGGCCAGGCUGGUGGCUCCACUGGCUCCUGACACCCAAGUGCUGGUCAUACCGCUGGUGGACAAGGAGGCCGGGGCUGUGGCAGCAGUCAUCUUGGUGCACUGUGGUCAGCUGAGUGACAGUGAGGAGUGGAGCCUGAAAGCCGUGGAGAAGCAUACCCUGGUGGCCCUGAAGAGGGUCCAGGCCCUGCAGCAGCGCGGGCCCAGCGCGACCCCGGAAGCGGUCCAGAAUACUCCAGAGGGGGCGGCGGGAGACCAGAAGGGUGGGGUUCCGUACACAGACCAAGAUCGAAAGAUUCUGCAGCUUUGCGGGGAACUCUACGACCUGGAUGCCUCUUCCUUGCAGCUCAAAGUCCUCCAAUACCUGCAGCAGGAGAUCCAGGCAUCCCGCUGCUGCCUCCUGCUGGUAUCUGAGGACAAUCUCCAGCUUUCCUGUAAGGUGAUUGGAGAUAAAGUGCUGGAGGAAGAAAUCAGCUUUCCGUUGACGAUGGGACGACUGGGCCAGGUGGUGGAAGACAAGAAGUCUAUCCAGCUGAAAGAUCUCACCUCUGAGGAUGUGCAACAGCUGCAAAGCAUGUUGGGCUUCGAGGUGCAGGCCAUGCUCUGUGUCCCUGUCAUCAGCCGGGCCACUGACCAGGUCGUGGCCUUGGCCUGCACCUUCAACAAGCUCGGAGGAGACUUAUUCACAGACCAGGAUGAGCGUGUGAUCCAGCACUGCUUCCACUACACCAGCACGGUCCUCACCAGCACCCUGGCCUUCCAGAAGGAGCAGAAGCUCAAGUGUGAGUGCCAGGCUCUUCUCCAAGUGGCAAAGAACCUCUUCACUCACCUGGAUGAUGUCUCUGUGCUGCUCCAGGAAAUCAUCACAGAGGCCAGAAACCUCAGCAAUGCUGAGAUAUGCUCUGUGUUCCUGCUGGAUCAGAACGAGCUGGUGGCCAAGGUGUUCGAUGGGGGCGUGGUGGAUGAUGAGAGCUAUGAGAUCCGCAUCCCUGCCGACCAGGGCAUAGCGGGCCACGUGGCGACCACGGGCCAGAUUCUGAACAUCCCGGACGCGUAUGCACACCCACUUUUCUACCGUGGUGUGGACGACAGCACUGGCUUCCGGACACGCAACAUUCUCUGCUUUCCCAUCAAGAACGAGAACCAGGAGGUCAUUGGUGUGGCCGAGCUGGUAAAUAAGAUCAACGGACCAUGGUUCAGCAAGUUUGACGAAGAUCUGGCGACAGCCUUCUCCAUCUACUGUGGCAUCAGCAUCGCACAUUCCCUCCUAUACAAGAAAGUGAAUGAGGCCCAGUAUCGCAGCCACCUAGCCAACGAGAUGAUGAUGUACCACAUGAAGGUCUCUGAUGAUGAAUACACCAAACUUCUCCAUGACGGGAUCCAGCCUGUGGCUGCCAUUGACUCCAGUUUUGCCUGUUUCACCUACACUCCUCGCUCCCUGCCCGAGGAUGACACCUCCAUGGCCAUCCUCAGCAUGCUGCAGGACAUGAAUUUCAUCAAUAACUACAAAAUUGACUGCCCGACGCUGGCCCGGUUCUGUUUGAUGGUGAAGAAGGGCUACCGGGAUCCCCCCUACCACAACUGGAUGCACGCCUUUUCUGUCUCCCACUUCUGCUAUCUGCUCUACAAGAACCUGGAGCUCGCCAACUACCUCGAGGACAUGGAGAUCUUUGCCUUGUUUAUUUCCUGCAUGUGUCACGACCUGGACCACAGAGGCACAAACAACUCCUUCCAGGUGGCCUCGAAAUCUGUGCUGGCCGCGCUCUACAGCUCAGAAGGUUCUGUCAUGGAGAGGCACCACUUCGCUCAGGCCAUCGCCAUCCUCAACACCCACGGUUGCAACAUCUUUGACCACUUCUCCCGGAAGGACUAUCAGCGCAUGCUGGACCUGAUGCGGGACAUCAUCUUGGCCACAGACCUGGCCCACCACCUCCGCAUCUUCAAGGAUCUCCAAAAGAUGGCCGAAGUGGGCUAUGACCGAACCAACAAGCAGCAUCACAGCCUCCUUCUCUGCCUCCUUAUGACCUCCUGUGACCUCUCUGACCAGACCAAGGGCUGGAAGACCACGAGGAAGAUUGCGGAGCUGAUCUACAAAGAGUUCUUCUCCCAAGGAGACUUGGAGAAGGCCAUGGGCAACAGGCCGAUGGAGAUGAUGGACCGUGAGAAGGCCUACAUCCCCGAGCUGCAGAUCAGCUUCAUGGAGCACAUCGCAAUGCCCAUCUACAAGCUGCUGCAGGACCUGUUCCCCAAAGCAGCAGAGCUGUAUGAACGUGUGGCCUCUAAUCGUGAGCACUGGACCAAAGUGUCGCACAAGUUCACCAUCCGCGGCCUCCCAAGCAACAACUCGCUGGACUUCCUGGACGAGGAGUACGAGGCCUCCUCCCACAACUCUCCACUGGCCUGGCCACAUGCCCUGGGACCAGAGCCACGGGUCCUGGAUUCUAGACCAGGACUUCCCAUGUGACGCCGGGCAAGGCUGACCUUCCCCAGCCUCAGCUUUCUCGUCUGUAUAAUAGAAGACUUCCAGCCUCACCAAGACUUUGUUAUUUGUCCUCUGAGAGCACAGGGAUGACAAUGAGCAGUGCGCCCUGCUCUGCACCUCUGACCACACCUUGGCAAGUGGCCCCCCCACCCCAGGCCACUCCUCUGAGGCAGCCUGGAUGGUUUCUCCUGGGCCCCAUUCCUGCCCCACCAGAUCUGUGCCCUUUUCCUCUGAGGACACCCCCUGCCCCCCAGGAUCCUCAUGCAAGAAGGUGAGACAUCUGAGUGGGCAGAGGGUUGAUCUUAGAGACGGUCAUCAGCUUGGCUGGAGGACUAGAAAUAGCCAUGGGGCCACAGGUGGCCCUGAGGACUGCCACUGUACUUAUAGUGGAGACUGGGACCUGGGGAGAUGAAGGGGUCCCAUAAGGAAGCUGCCAGGGGGGCAGCUCAGUGCUCUGGGAGAGGGGGCUCAGGAAGAAAGCAGGAUAAGAACAGUGGGCAGGAAGGAUCCCUGGGCUGGGAGGCAGGCCCAGCAUGGGUCAGCAGUGCUUCAUCCUGGCUGUCCCUGGGCAAGUCCCUUCCCCUAUCUGGACGAAACAGGAGAGUGAGACAAUCCAUUCUCUAAGACCCCUUUUAGAUCAAAGUCCCCAUAGCUCUGUGGAGUCCCAGGAGAGGCCAUGGAGUGUCCCUGGCCCCCUGGGGCAGAGAGCCGACACUGAGUCCCUCAGUGGCCCCCUGAGUGUACCCCCUUAGCCCGAGCCCCUUCUGCAUUCCUGCAGCCAGAGGGGAACCUGGCCUCAGCCCUGGUAGGGCUUGUCUCCUCUUCAAGGCCAUAUCCACCUGUGCUCCGGGGCUUGGGAGACCCCAUAGGGCCGGGCCUCUGGGGUCAUCCCGGCCGCAGGUUCCUCCUUUCUCUGUUUUGUUCAGUACGUGUUGUGGGCUGGGAGGAGGGGGCCACCUGCCUUACCUAUUCUGAGCUGCCUUUAGAGAGAUGCGUUUUUCUAGGACUCUGUGCAACUGUUGUAUAUGGUCCCGUGGGCUGACCGCUUUGUACAUGAGAAUAAAUCUAUUUCUUUCUACCAA